AUGCAGUCUCUCCGCCUGCUCCUGGCGCUGGCCUCUGCCGCCCUCGCGUCGCAGGUGCAAGUGACUCCGGUGCAGAAGGUGGUCCAGCUGCUGGAGAACAUGAAGGAGAAGGGCACGAAGGAGAUGCAGGAGGAGGAGGUCCAAUACACGAAGUUCAAGCAGUUCUGCGACAUGACGCUGGCGGAGAAGGAGGCGGCCAUCGGUGAAGCGGCCGACAAGAUCGAGACCCUCGAGGCAGACAUCGAGAAGGCGGCAUCGGAGGCGGAGCGCCUGGGCAAGGAGAUGUCGGAGCAUCAGACGGACAUCGAGGCCGCGACGGCGGAGAAGGAGAAGGCCACGGGCGUCCGUGAGAAGGGCCGCACGGACUUCCAGCUGACCCUGAAGGAUUACGGCGAGUCCAUCGAUGCCAUCGCCCGUGCAUUGAAGGCUUUGAAGGAGGAGGACAAGAAGACAGCCCUGCUUCAGCUGGCGGAUGCCAAGCUCCUCCCCGAGGAGGCACGGCAGAGUCUGCUGGACAUACAGGGUCCGGCGCCGAAGACCUACGAGUUCCAGUCCGGGGGCGUCAUUAGCAUGCUCGAGGGCCUUCAGGAUAAGUUUGUCGACGAGCGCAUCAGCCUGGAGAAAGAAGAGCAGAAGAAGCGCCAUGCCUUCGAGAUGCUGGUCCAGAGCCUGGAGGCGCAACUGGCACAGUCCAAGAAGGAGCAGGAGGAGAAGGGCCAGUUCAAGGCCAAGCAGCUACAGAGCAAGGCCUCAUCCGAGGGCGACUUGGGUGAGACUAAGGUCGAGAAGCAGUCUGACGAGAAGUACUCCACAGACCUCAAGGCCACCUGCAGCAAGAAGGCCGCGGCCUUUGCGGCGCGCCAGAAGCUGCGACAAGAGGAGAUUGAGGCGAUCGAGAAAGCCAAAGGCAUCAUCGCCGGCGGGGCAGUGGCUGGCAGUGCAGAGAAGCACCUGCCCAGCCUGUUGCAAGCCAGUCCAAAAAGGACGGCUUUGGCAUUCCUGCGCUCGGAGGUGCGGGAGCCGCAGAGCGAGAGCUCUAGGGUGGCGCGAUUCCUGCAGCAGCGGGCUGCGGCUUUGAACAGCCGCGUGCUCUCCGCCGUGGCCGGUCGGGCGGCCGCGGAUCCCAUUGCCAAGGUGCGAACGAUGAUCGAGCAGCUGAUCACGAAGAUGCAGACACAGCAAAACGAGGAGGCCAGCAAGAAUGGCUGGUGCAAUGCCGAGCUGGCAUCCAACAAGGCCACCCGUGAGGAGAAGACCGACGCCGUGGACGAGCUCUCUUCGGAUGCAGACGAGCUUUCCACGGCCAUCGGCAAGCUCGGCGAGGAGGUCUCGGCAUUGGCCAAGCAGGUUUCAGAGUUAGAAGCUGACAUGGCCAAAGCCACGCAGAUGCGGGAGGAGGAGAGUGCCAAGAAUGCUGCCACAGUGAAGGAUGCCAAGGAGGCGCAGGCGGCCGUGGCCCAAGCGCUGCUCGUACUCCGAGACUUCUACAAGAAAGCCGCCGGCGCCAGCUCCUUGCUGCAGACGCGGCACGGGGAGGCGCGGGCCGAGCCGGAAGUCUUCGGCGACGAGCCCUACACCGGCAUGGGCGGCGAGAGCGGCGGUGUGAUCUCCAUGUUGGAGGUGAUCCAAAGCGACUUCGCACAGCUGCAGGCAGAGACGGAGGCCGCCGAGGAGUCUGGGCUCAAGGAGUACCAGGAAUUCAUGGAAGACUCCAAGGUUGACAAAGCCACCAAAGUUCGAACGUCGGAGCACAAGACCAGCAAGAAGCAGGCCAAGACGCAGGAGCUCACUGCAGUUCGGGCGGACUUGCAGGGCACGCAGAAGGAGCUGGACGCCGCAAAGGCCUACUUCGAGAAGCUGAGGCCCGACUGCCUUGACACCGGCGCCUCCUACGCGGAGCGCCAGGCACAGCGGAAACAGGAGGUGGCGGACCUCCAGGAGGCCCUCGAGAUGCUCGAGAAAGAGCUUCCGGGCACGACCUUCGCACAAGUUCCACGUUUGAUCAGCCUCGUUCGGGCCGUGGACAGCACUGGCACGCUGAUGCGGGUGCGAAGACCCAUCGGAGACCUGUAUGCAGAUGCCUUGCACCGGGUCAGACCCGAUGUCCAGGUUUCUGCUCGAGAGAUGACUCGAGUCUUCCCUGCCGCAUUCUCUCGCCAGUCAACACUGUCUCCCGGCUUCGGGGCCGGUGGUUGCGGCUGUCGCGACUGGUGGCGGGCUGUCGUGGAAGGCACCAUGGGAGGGGCUGGCAUCGCGGUCUCCGACCUCGGCGAAUCCUUUGAAGCCGUUUUUGACGAUCUUUACGGACAUGUCUUCUGUGGACAGGAGGCAUGGGAGCUCCUGCCAGGCACUGUCACAUCGCUGGAAUCCCUUCGUCGAUGGUGUGCUGCGAACGACUGCCGGCUUGGUGUGAUGUCGAAUAUGGAUGACAGGCUCUCCGUCAUUCUUCAGAAUCUGGGAAUCUUGGACAAGUUUGACUUCGUGCUGACAUCAUACGAAGCCCGAGCAGUACUCCCGGCUGAAUUUCGGAUGUGGACUUGA